CGGAUGCGCUCGAGUCCAGUGAGAGAGCGCGCACGCACCUCUCGUGGGGAAAGGGAAGGAGAGAGAGAGACGUGUGAUUUCUCUUUGUACUCAAUGAAGAGUUGAGACCGGCCCCGCUGCUGCCUUCACCUUUUAUAUAAGCAGAGUUUGCACGCUGUAAAUAGCCCAAUAAGCCGGUUUCACUCCACGUUUCAGCGUCCCCUUCGCUCCCCUUUGUGCUCUGGAAGCGGCCGGCCACUGCCUGCGCCCCUUUCACCGAUUUUGGACAACAAAAGCACCAGGUCCAGCGCUGUUUCUUCGGUGGAUUUCAAGUCACACAUUCAUCAGUCGGGAUUUUCAGUGCGGAAAAGCGAACCGCCGCACGUCCACAUACCGCUUUUCGCCUCCUUUCCGUCGCCCCUUUCACACUUGCACACCUCCGGGGCGGAUUUUCUUUUCCCAAACCGAGCGACCAUGGCUGCUGUAACAAGCCCGGAGACGAGCCCUCAACCCCGGGUAUAUUUCCAGACGCCGGCCGGAACCACGGAGGAGCCGGAGACCCCCGUUCGGAAGCAGGGACGCGUUACCGUCAAAUACGACCGCAAGGAGCUGAGGAAGAGACUGAACCUGGAGGAGUGGAUUAUCGACCAGCUAACGGACCUCUACGACUGUGAGGAAGAAGCCAUCCCAGAGCUUGAGAUUGAUGUGGAUGAACUGCUGGAUAUGCCCAGUGACGUUGAACGGGCAGCUAGGGUCAAGGACUUACUGGUUGACUGUUUUAAACCUACUGAGGACUUCAUCUCAGAGCUGCUCGACAAGAUCCGAGGGAUGCAGAAGCUCGCCACACCUCAGAAGAAAUGAUGGAGUCCUUCUUCCUCCUCCCCUCGACUCUUGUACCACUCCCCAUCUUUUUAUUUUAACACCAAUUUUCCUCCAUCAAAGACCGCCAUGAAAUACACUAACUGGACCUUGUUUCAUCUCGUUGUUAGGCCCAAUGUUUGUUUUGUCCCACCUCUUCCACUUCUCUUGUUGCCUGGAUCUUGUUGAUUGUUGGACUUCAUUCUUAAAAACUGUCAGCUAAGAAGAAAAAGUAAAGAAUUCAUAAAAAGCAAUUCGCCGGUCUUAAUCCAGGCAUUCUCAUUCCCUCUUUUGUCUGCUCUUGCCCUUAUUUCACCUUUUGUUUGGCUUUACUCUUCCUUAUCCGGCUCUUCUUCCUCCCACCCUCCCCUGCAUCCCCCUCCAUCUGUCUGAGGAGGAAGAGGAGGGGAGCUGAGAUGAGAUGAAUCCCAUCAUUUCUGGGAGCGGAGCUGCCAAGAGUGGGAAGAGGAACAAGAGAACGAGUUGGUAACGGCCAAGAAAAGAGCGGAAGGGUGAAGGAGGAGGGUUUGAAGCAGGAUCUUCCAUGUUUGGUUAUUUGUAAAGGGUUUAAUUUUUAAAUGAUCCAGCUACCAACCAUCAUUCUUAUGCUACUCUCUGGUACAGUUUGAGGGCAUUGGGGUAUUCACUUCACUGUAGUUUUUUGUUAAUUACCUUUUGAGGGGCUACAGUUUUUGCUGAUUUUCAACCUUAAUCAGAGGCAUUUGCUACAGUGGUGCAUCUAAAAGCUUUUCUGUGUGUCUGUCAGUUCUGGGGAGAAAAUCUGAAUCUCUGACCACAAACUAUUGUUUGGUAUAUCUUUAGUACAGCAAUGUUGACCCUUAGAAUAGUGGUUGAGCCUAAAAACAGGUCAGUGGCUGGCUGUGGUGGUCGGGCGGUCCAGCAAAUUUCAGACUAAAUUUUCUUUUGACGUAGAGUAGGUUCUUCUAUAUCGGGUGUGCUUGACUAGAGUUCAGAGUUGUUUUUCUUUCCUCGGAUAUGUAGGGCAGUCAUAAGUGAGGCUGUUUAGAGCCACCGCUGUCCGGUCUGCACAUACAUAUGUAUGUCUGCGUAUUGCUAAAUGCUGUGUAUGUGCAUUGCUACGUAAUGUACAGCAACAUUCAUAAUAGGAGUGUUUUAUGGCCUGUAUAUUCUGCUGUUCUGUAUGGAAAAUUAGAUUUUUAGUGUAGGACUGGUUCCUGUUUGCUUGUGGGUUUUAUUUUAUUUUAUUCUUUUGUGGAUGCAUUUUCACACACACACACACACACACACACACACA